GCCCAACAACGAAGUUCUUCACUACUCUUGUUGGUUCUAUCGCUACAUAUGAAUGGCGGUCACGCUUUCUGGGACGUUGGCACCAGCACACCAUACCCUACACGUCUUGACAAAUUGGGGCGCACCAGCUUCUUCCGAUGGCAGAAAGCGGAGUCAACCUAUAUGGCGUUCUCGAAGCCAGUUCUGGACUGGAACGAAGAAUAUAAUAGAUUCAGGCUGAGGGUCGUAGCUGGGAUUUCUAUUGACAUGAUCCCACUCUCAACUGCUGCAAUCCUGAACAAUCGAAUAUUGCUGACAUCUGCCAACUUCCUGACGCCUCACAUCCACCGGCAGACGGAUCUUCGUAUCUGGGCUUUGGGCAGAUCGGGGCUGUACAACACGCCCUAUCGUUACCGAGUCUGGCGGGUCUGGCGUUUGUUCAGCCCCAGUGCCAACCCAGAACACCAGCAUGGGCCGAAGGGAGAACACAACCCGCGACACGAUGUGGCGAUAAUCUUCACCCGGGAUCAGAUGUUCGUGUUCUGGAAGCCGUCCAACACUGAGCAGUACCCGUACCAGACCUGGCUGAUCUACCCUCACUGGACGAUAAUUAACACAAAGACUGAUAAUGAAGAUAAGCUUCUGUUUGCUGGAUCCGGCUACGAGUAUAUGGAACACGUCCGGGAGAACUACAAAAUCUACUUCGCGACACCCAAAGAAGAGGAUAUUGUUGACUGCUCAAAAUAUAUACCCAAAUUUUGGGGCAAGUUCAUAUGUUUCAGGAAUGUUCUAAGGUAUUCAGGGGUACAGAACGGUGGUCCUCUGUUGCUUGGGUCGCAUAUUCUUGGACUUGGUUGCUUCGAGAUUCGGGUGAAUGAGGAUAGAAUUCUUGCGUUCACUGAUUUGAGAUACUAUGUACAUAUUAUUAGACAAGUGGCGGAACUCAAGGCUCAUCAGUAUUAUGAAUACGCGUAUCCCCAGUGGGGGAUAUACUAUGGAUACUUUGGAUCCAUAUACGGGAAUUCUCCCAGAAUUCCUUCAAUCUACACUCCAUGGUGGGUGAGGAUUGAUCACCUUGGCUAA